GACAGGAGGAGGGGUGCAGUCGGGGCUGGGGAACCCCACAGCGGGCUGCUGCUGUGACCCAGGCAGCAGAGCAGGGGUGUGGUUGGGCUACCGCUGAUGGGGCAACUCCUGAAUGCUGAGGGUUGCACGCAUCCCCAAGAAGAACCUGCAAGGUGGAAAGUAGCUAGCCAGUUUGCAAAUACAGAAGCAAGGCUCAGAGAGGAAGCAACUUAAAGUUUCCCAACUACUCUGUGGCUGACAGGUCUUUCUGUGUCCAGAGCUCAGGCUCUUUCUAGCAUGUCAGGCUGUCCCCGUGGACCUUGAUGGCAGAGGAAACAAGACAAUCAUCUGGACAAGCAUUUUUGAGGCUGUUUGUCCAUCCGAGGCCCAGAGUCCGUGCGGGGCCAGGAGCGGGAGUCGUGACCUUGCAGGAGCUCAGGCAGGACGACGCAGACACUUACUGGUGCGGGAUUGAGAAGCCUGGAACUGACCUGGGGACGCAAAUUAAAGUGACUGUUGUACCAAGAAGCCAGGCCUCCAGGACGAGGAACACCAGCCGUCCAGCCGCGUCCUCCCGCCCCCACAGCAGGACCCACUACAUGCUCCUGGCAUUCCUGAAGAUGCCCUUCCUGCUCGGCUUGGUUGGCGCCGUGCUCUGGUUGGAGGAACGUCGGAGGGACGUUGUGGAGCCGCAGGGUCAGCCCAUCUACGCCAACUUGUCCUCUGAGCUUCUGACCAGAGACACCCGCGUUUAGACGGACGGAUGAGCGGAGGCUUCCAACACGGCACCCCGUUUCCAGGGGAAACUCGGCUGUGGAAAGAAACACCGCGGAGUCAUAGCCGUCCUGCCCGGCUCAGGGCCCACGCUCCCGAUGUGCGGUCCCCACCUGGAGGGCCAGCAUCUUGUUCCUGCUUCUCCAGGUCGCAAGUGCCCUGCCUGGACCCACACUCAGGGUUCAGGGCUCACAGUUGGGAGCUGCUGGGCUGGAGCCCCGGUUCAGACCAUCGUGUCCCCAGUGCUGAGAGAGCUUGGGAGCAGGGCUGGGGGCCGAAGUCCAGAGAGAAGCCACAGGGGUACAGGGGAGAGGACGCGGGGGCCUCCUUCCUGAGACUGGCUCAGCGCGCUCCCUGACUGGGCUUCCGACAUAUGGGAUUUUGUAGUUUUUUUCCUUUAGCUGGGUUUUUUAAAAAAUUAAUUUAUUUUUUAAUUGAAGGAUAAUUGCUUUACAGAAUUUUGUUGUUUUCUGUCAAACAUCAACAUGAAUCUCAAGCUGGGUUUUGAAGGCUCGGGACCAUCACUUGACUUGAUGCACUCGUGGGCACGCGCACACACACACACACACACACACACACACACACAUCCUAAGGACGGUGAUUCUGCAGAGAGUGCUUGUUCUGGACCAUGACAGGUUGACAUCCCCUCUGCCCAGGGAGGACACUGCUCUGUGUCCAGGGGGCUGAGGUGCGGCCCUGGGACUGGCCUUUCUCUUCCCCUUCAUCCUCCCCCUCCCCACUCUGCUCUGGCUCCCCAAGCUCCCUGCUCCCCACCUCUCGGGGGCUGGGCUCCCCGGGGGCUGAGACUUGGGAGCCUGCCCUUCACUUCCUCCCGGCAGUAAGCCUGCAGGGUCUCCA